AUGGGCGAUAUGGCCAUCAAUUGUCACUGCUGCACGUUGGACGAAAGUUCCAAGUACGCGGCCGAAUCCAUUACAGCUGACAGGUUGAGCCCGAGCUUGCCCCUGGAUGGAUGGCAGUGCAGCCAUGACAAGCCGGAGCAACUGCGCAAUGCCGACUCAGCAGCGGAACGGCAGCCGCAGACUUCUGUGAAUGAACCCUCUGUUCCGAUCCACCAAAGGCUGCAAGUAUCAGAGAGCACUGAGGACCGCCUACAGCCUUCAAUGAAAGGGGUAACGCUGACCUUUAGCAGGCCGAACGGGCUGCACGAAGAUGCCUACUUCGAAUCAAGACCCUUGGGGCUUCGAUUCUCGGACACGACGCCCUUGACUGUCACACACGUUAGCUCCGACUACGCUAAUAGUGCCAGAGUCAAUCCCAGAGUCAAUCUUGGGUGGGUCGUGACGCACGUGAACAAAGUGCCAGUGCCGCGCUUCAUUCUGGAUGCUAACGCCAUGGUACGGGACGCUGUCAGCCAGCUGCCCUGCGAUGCACGAGGCACACCAAAGAAGGUAGCUCGCUCUUCCUCAAAUGUAGCGCCGGGUGCCCAGCAGCGAGCACGUUCACACCCCCCAUGGUCCUCUCGCGAAGACCAGGACUGGUUGAACAGCCUGCCGAGGAGCAUGUCGCUGGAAGCGAGGCUCAUGGCCUUUAGCACGCAGAACCCUAGUUCGUAA